AUGUUUUCCGAAUUGGGAUUCUACCUAUCACGAUUAAAGUUUGAUACAUUUACUCAUCAUUUAGUAGAAAGACAUAUCGGAAAUCAUCUCGAGGGGAUUCCAUACUAUGGUAAAAGCAACAGUUUGGCAGGAAAUAAGAGAAAUAAUUCGGAUUCAGCCUUUAUGGCUCAUGAAUCUCUUGAGAUCUUGCAUUUGAUGAAGAUGCUUCACAAUGGUUCCGGAGGAGAUCGACCUAGAAGGUCCAAUGAGGACGAUGUAUUCCUUGGUAUGAAGUCAAUGAGGCAUUCUUCUACGUCUCUUAUAUUGCAUCCUCCCACUGUUAGCAGUCUCGAAGGUGAUGCUACCAAAUGGGAGCGGUCUGUACCCUCUGCAGUUCAGUAUGCUUCACGUGGUGGUCACUUUGCGCCUUUUGUGCAUCAAGCUUCAAACAGGUUCAAGGAUUCAAAUGUUGGUCCAUCUGUUAUAUCUCAGGCUGCUGCCGAUGAAGGAUCUAGAACCGGAAUUAAAUGCCCUGGAAUUUUGAGUUUUAUUACUGCUAGCAGUGUGCCCACUGAAAAGGGUUCAUCUGGGAUAGUGCCAAGUGGAGAAAGGACCAAGUCUGCUCAUAUUUCAGAAACAGAGUCUUUAGUUCCUCCAAGUGAACAGAGGUUAACAACUUCCAGCCAACAAAUGACUAUAUUUUAUGCUGGUCGGGCUCAUGUCUUUGAUGAUGUGCAUCCGAAGAAGGCAGACGUAAUAUUGGCAUUGGCUGGAUCAAACGGAGGAUCUUGGUCGACAACUUACUCUCCUAAAUCUGCUGCGAGGACAGUUGGUGAAAAUUAUGUACCCGAUGGGGAACCUGAAGCAGUUGGUAACAUGGCAUUCUCACGGGAACUUCGGGGAAAGACAACCCUUUCUGGUAAUGUAAAUCAAGCAACUGGUUCCUGCAAUCGAAUUCCAAUACAAACAGGUGAUCCUCAAGGAACAGUUGUUAUGGCGAGAGAGGGAAGAAAUCUGGUUCAAGCAGAAGAAGCUGGUACUGAAGAUAAAAGAGAGCAUAUAAGAACAGCUUCUUAUCCGAGUCGAUUAGCAAUGAACCCUCUGCGUUUGCUUAAUUGACCAAGUCCAUGAAAUCGAAAUCCUUGUAAACUCGAGGGUGUUCCUCAU